AUAUCCAUACACAUCUUUCCGCGGUCCCCAUCGCAGUUGCGAUCGUCUCACCUUAUUGGCUGGCCCUUGAUUACCCAACAAUCUGCAACAAGAUUGAGAUGCAAAUUUCCAAGAUGCGGCGGCUGUCAGGCCUCUUCUCUGGACCCAAGACUUCAUUCCAAGUUCUCUCGGAUCUCCACCUGGACCACGAGUCACAGUAUCUCACCUUUCACAUACCGGUAGCAGCGCCGUAUUUAGUUCUCGCCGGAAACAUUGGCCGACUGAUUGACUAUGAACAAUAUCUCGCCUUUCUCAUACGGCGAUGUAACCUUUAUGAGAAAGUCUACCUAGUUCUUGGAGCACUCGAAUUCCAUGGUGUUGGAUGGAUGGAAGGACUACAAUUAGCGCACCGGCUAGAAAAAGAGCCAGCAACACAAGGCAGACUGGAGAUACUCUACGAGACGAGAAGUGAUAUACCGGGAACGAAUAUUACACUAUUAGGAUGCACCCUGUGGAGUCAGAUACCGAAGUCGGACGCAAGCGCUGCUUUGCGCAAAAUGCCUGAGUUUGAUGAGGUAGACGGGAUUCAGGACUGGAGCGUGGAGAAGCACAACGCGGAGCAUGAGCGAGACCUCCAGUGGUUAGUCGACGAACUAAAGAAUCCAAGCGCAGGCGAGAGCAGCUUAGCCCCUGGUACUUCUGCAUCCAGACAUCAACGGCAGCUUAUCGUCGUCACAGCGUUUGCAGCAGAUCUUCGUGGAUGCCUAGAGCCAUGGCAAGUCGACGCUCCAUGGGCCUCCUCGUACGGAACAAACCUUCUGGACAACCCGUCAUUCAGUGCUGUCAAGAUGUGGAUUUCAGGAGCGACAGGUCGAACAUGCGAGUUCAAGAAAGGGCAGACGAUAGUUGUUAGCAACCAGCGUGGAAGAGUGGGCGAGCACGUUACUGGCGCGUUGAAAGAUGGCCUGUCAGAAAAGCAGAAAGUCGGCUUGUUCGACGUCAUGCGGAUUGUGAAGAUGUAGCAAUGCAUGCUGAGCUUGCCAAAUCCUAACCUAAAAUGGCUGAUCCCAUAUCUUUUU